AUGUCUAAGGGUCAAUUCGGCGAUAGCUCGAUAUGGUCUUCAAACCAAAUUAUCCCCGACGAGACCGACCCUUCCAAGAUCCGGAAAUACGUGGACGAGAUUGCAGAGUACUAUUAUAAGAAGGCAGUCAAAAUCAAUCCGAAAGGCACUGCUCUGGCAAUGAGCAGAGGUGUUCAAAAUCGUUACCAAACAAUUCUCAAGGGUGCUGCGCUAAUUGAUGAUUGA